AUGGCGGAGAAGGAGGAGGAGAAGGAGUGGGAAGACUGGUGCUUCAUCUGCAAAGACGGUGGCAGCCUUAUGCUCUGUGACUACAAGGACUGUCCUAAAGCUUAUCAUGCCUCUUGCGUUGAAAAUUGUAUUAACUCAGCAGAAGAGAGUGACGACUCCUAUAUCUGCGAAUGGCACAGUUGCUACUUGUGUGGGAAGAGUCCAAAGCUACACUGUCUAUGUUGCCCACAUGCUGUAUGUGAAGGCUGUGUUACUCAUGCUGAGUUUAUCCACCUUAAAGUGGAUAAAGGAUUAUGCAAUCAGUGCCAGGAGUAUGUUGUUGUUUUAGAAGAGAUUCAAAGAUAUGAUGCUGCUGGGGAUAAGCUCGACCUGACAGAUACGAAUACAUUUGAGUGUCUGUUUCUCGAGUGUUGGGAGAUAGCAAAAAAACAAGAAGACAUAACUUUUGACGAUGUGCUUCGUGCCAAAAGAUCACAAAGGAAAGUUCCCAAGUUAAAGCACAAAGAUAAUGGCAGAUCUUCACUCAAUGUUGCAUCCACUUCAAAUUCACAGAAGAAAGUCGUCACGCUGAUGAAGCACAAAGUUGAUCGUAGUAAGCAUUCACUAUCUGACCACAAAGUUGAUGGAGCAGAAGAUUCUAAAACGGUGGGCAAAAACAAGAAUCUGGUGUUUGUCAGAUGGGGUUCUAAGCCUCUCAUUGAUUUCCUAACGUCCAUAGGGGAAGAUACCAGACGUGCAAUGUCCCAACAGAGAGUGGAGUCUGUUAUCAAUAAAUACAUCCGUCACGAAAACCUACUUGAUCAUAAAAAGAAGAAGAAAGUUCGUUGCGAUGAGAAGCUGUAUUCUAUCUUCAGGAAGAGGUCUGUGAAACAAAGGAAGAUUCAUAGACUUUUAGAUGCUCACUUCAAAGGCAACCUUGAGUCGUUGGAAUGCAACACUCGUUCGGAACGUGGCUUCAGUGGGAAGAAUGAAAGGGUUCUCCUGCCGUGCAAGAAGCAGAGAAUAGAAAGGUCACAUGAGAAAACUUAUGAGAAGGAAGUGAAACCUCAAAUCUGGCCAACCAAGACUUGUGAAAAGGAAGUGAAACCUGAAACCUGGUCAACCAAGACUUGUGAAAAGGAAGUGAAACCUCAAAUCUGGCCAGCCAAGACUUGUAAAAAUGAAGUGAAACUUGAAAUGUGGUCAAUCAAGACUUUUGAAAAGGAAGUGAAACCUGAAAUGCAGCCAACAGAAACUUGUGUUAAGGAAGUGAAACCUGAAAUGCGGCCAACUGGUUUUGCUACGAUCAAUGAAGAUAACAUAAAGCUUGUUUAUCUGCGGAAGAGCUUAGUUCUAGAUUUAUUGAAGCAUGACGAGAGCUUUGGGGAAAAGGUAUUGGGAAGCUUUGUGAAAGUGAAGAAUGACCCUAGGGACCGUAUAGCGUACCAGAUCUUGCAGGUUACAGGCACUAAAACUGCUGAUGACCAAAGUCAGGGUCUUCUUCUUGAUGUUGCUGGUAUUGCAAGUAGUGUUAGCAUUUCCAAGUUGGAUGAUUCCGACAUAAGCAAGGAAGAGAUUGAAAAUUUGAAGCAAAAAGUGACAAGUGGCCUUCUGAGACAGCCAACUGUUGUUGAGAUGGGGCAGAAGGCUAAGGCUCUCCAUGAGGAUAUAACAAAACAUAGAGAGCGUCUCCAAAAAACAUCAGAGCAGGAGAGAUUAUUAAGAGAGACUCCAAGGAUCAUUGAAGAGCUCAUCGAGAUUAAACGGGAACCAGCUGCCACAUCCUCAGAGAGCAGCAAACAAGGGAAUAUGAGUGGUGUGUCUCCCGAGGCGGCGAUAGAGAUUGACUGA